AAAUCUAAUUUCAUUGUGAGCAUUAUGAUAUUAGAGGUGGAGGUGGAGAUGGAAUAGUAAGAAAUCUUGGGGUGGAGCUCCAAACCCUUAUCACAAUCAUCAUUGAUGAAGAGUUUGCUAAUCCCUAUAAGAAAAUGAGAGAAAUCUUUGCAGAAGGAAAGAAUCAAGAAGCAAUUAAGAGAGAAAGAGAAAAACGACAGCAAGACCAAGAAAUUUCCCGGUGAAUUACUUCUUCCCUGUCCUCGCCAUCACCCUUCCACAAUUAGAGAGGGCUACAGUGCUCGCUAAGGAUUUGGUUCAGCUGGCAAGGGUGUAGAUGCUCUGAAAAACUUCAGGUAAGGAUGCACUGUGCUGACCCAAAGGACCAAAAUCAGAAAAUCUAAAGAUCAUGGAUUUAGUAACCGCUUGUUAAGAGUGAUGGUACCAAUUAGUGAAAUUCACUCCCUAGUUUCCUCCCUCUCCUUCGACUCGGCGCUCACUCACCGAUAGGUACCAUCAUACGAUAUAAAAGGACAAGCAAAGUAACGAACCUCCUCCAGCUCCACAGAGAGAAAAAACAGAAACAUACAUGGAGCAGCAGCAGCAGAAGCAACAAUUGCUCCAACAAGAAGUGCAGCAGCAGCAGCAGCAACAACAAUUUCUCUUGUUACAGCAAUUAACAAAACAAGCCCAACAACAACAACAACAAGCUGCCAUUUCUCGAUUCCCAUCAAAUAUCGAUGCGCACCUGCGUCCACCAUCCAAUCAUCGCCCACUCACUCUUCACCAGCAAAACCCUAACCCUAACCCUAACUCUAACCCUAUUCCCAAUUUGCAGCAACAGCAAGGGUCCAAUUUGGGGCAAAAUGCGCAGCAUUUACAGCAGCAGCAGCAAAAGGGGAUUCGGCCUCAGGUGAACCAGGUGGAGCUCCAAAUGGCGUACCAGGAUGCUUGGCGUGUUUGCCAUCCAGAUUUCAAGAGGCCAUUCUCUUCUCUUGAAGAUGCUUGCGAGAGAUUACUGCCUUACCAUGUAGUAGCAGACUAUGAGGCAGAGGAGGACGAUAGAAUCCUUGAUUCUGACACAACUGGCCAGAUGCCAUCUCGUUUGCAGCAGUGGGAUCAUAACAUUGCUGCAAAAGUGGCAGAGUUCACAGGCACAUUUGAGAAACAGGCCUUAGCCUUCAACAUAAUAAGCCACAAGCGUGCCUUGGGUGAAUUCCGAACUGAAGAGAGAUUGAUGAUUGAGCAGGCUCUUCUCCAAGAGGAGAAGCGACUUCUGCUUGAUUUGAAAGCUGAAACGGAUGCCAGGGAGAAGGCCAGUCGAGAGGCUCAGUUGAGAAUGGCAGCUAUGGUCCAGGCUGAGCAAGCUCGGGCAGAGUCACAUGCUCGUGCUGAAAUGAUGUCCCGGGCCCCAAUAAGGCCAAGUGCACUCGGAUCGCAAGGUAACAGUGUUCAAAUUGGUCAUGACAUGAGAGAGCAGGAACACAGUGUUAACCCCGAAGAGAUGAUGAAUGGGUGGGGAGGCAAUGCUCAGAGAGAUGAGAAAGAGCCUUCUGAAGAUUUCUUGAAUCAUGAGGAGACUGAAAAUGGGGACUCAGCAGGACAUGGUGAGUGGAGAGAAGUGGGAGAAUUUGAUCUGAACACCAGAUGAACCAUGCAGGGUAAUUGGCAGGAAAGAAAGCUGUUGGUCUAUUUCAAUCUCAAUGGCAUGAGAAUGGCUGAAUGACAUCUGAUUGUGAUUAUCUUUCUGGAAAGCAUGAAUGACCAGCUCAAAGGUAACUGGGUAAUUCAAAGAUGUAAUUUCGGAAUGCUAAUGUUCUCCUAUGGCUUUCUUAGACUAGCUUGUUCAAAGCACCUGUGAGAUGCAUGAGAUUCCCUUGUAGUGGGCAAACCUUGAAGUAACCUCGUGAAUAUUUAAGGGUUCGACACUAUUUUCAUGCUAAACUAGUUUUGGCAACAGGAAGAAGAUUUCCAAUGAUAAUCUUGGUAAUUCUAAUGGAAAAAAGCCAUUGUUUCUGUUUA